ACCAAACUGUCAAAGUUUGACAAAUUUACAUUCAGAAUUCGCGAUUACACUUUUGGCAAAAAGAAAAUGUGUUUUUGUUUUGGUGAAUACCCCUUGAUUAAGUCCAGGGUUGUCCAAUAUGCUAAUUAAAAACGCGUAAAUAUUUAAAUUGUCGUAUUUGAAGAUAUCGAAUUAACUAUCACCCUAAACAUGUGUGAAAAUCCUUCGUCGUUGGAAGAAUGCUGCCUGGACGUAAUAUGCGAAAAUAUACUGACUUACAUCGAGCCUCAGAUCCAGACCAAAGACGGUUGGACCAGUACUAUUGAGGGUAGCGACUGUUACGAUGAUGAACGCAGCGAUAAGCGCUAUAAAUUUCGAGAUCCAGAUAUUUAUCUUAUUAACAAGGUAUCUGAAAGACUUAUGAACAGGAUGAUGGAGAAAAGGAUACUGUGUGACGCCACACUUAACAUAUUUUCUGAGCGUAACACUAAACUCAGGUCGGUUAAGAUAAAAAACUGCAAGGUAACAAAAUGUGGACUCCAAAUGCUCAAGCAGCAUAAAAUAACAGACUUGGAGGUGGUUAAUUUGAAGAACGUUAGUAUAGGAGAUAUUUUAGAUUGCCUUAACGAGUGGACAGUUCAGAACCUCAUGAACGCAAAUUUUUCCAAGUGUACAUUUAUAGAUAUAUGUAGGUAUAGUUUUAUGGUUAGAAUUAGCAACUUGAAAGCGUUGAAGAGCCUAAACCUCUCUUACACCGAGUUUAAUCAGGCCAUGUAUAAAAUAAUUUGUGAGGAUCUCAAAAACCUGGAGAAAUUGGAUAUAUCUGGCACCCUGAUCAAAGACUUGAGGCCUUUGGCUUUGUUAGCAGAUAAACUCACCAGCCUAUCGAUAUGUGACUUGAAUGCUGCCAGUGAGUCCAUGAUCCCAACACUACAGUUAUUGAGGAACUUGAAAUACCUAGACAUCAGCCUUUUUAAUGACAAAGUUGACUCGCACCAUCUGCCACACACGUAUGUCGUAGCGGAAUUGCUGGAAACUGAGCAUAUUUUCCCUCAUCUCGUCUCUCUGGACGUGUCUGGCUGGAAAGAUGUCGUCGCCAGGGAUCCCCUAUUGCGUUUCAUCAACACCCACCCAAGGUUGGAGUUUUUGGGCAUCGUUUUCGACGCUGUGACAUUCGAUCCUGUCUUUUGCGACAUCAAGUCGCGCGACAAUUUCCAAAAUCUGAGGAUAGCGGGACUGGGAACGGAACAACAGAUAAAAGUCACGUUGCAAUGCUACAAGGAGCGAUCUAACUAUGUGCAGAAGGCGCUCUACCACCUGUUUCAGCUCACCACCUCUUUCUCGGAGGCCAGGCCCGACAUUUUCAAUUUGGUGUUGCCUGUGAUGGAAGCCCAUUCCUCCAGGUUUGGUGUGCAGAUGGCGGCCACCGCCUGCCUCUAUAAUUUGACGCGAGGCGAGCUCAGCAAAAACAUACACCCCAAAGCACUAAGCAGGGGGGUCGACUUGACCCUGAUCGCCAUGGAGACCUUCCCCGACGAAUUUCAACUACAGAAGAACUCGUUGCUCACGUUAUGCAGCGAUCGUAUCCUACAAGAGGUCAAUUUCGACAGGUUCAGGUGCGCCCGGCUGGUUCUGGACGCCCUCUGCGGCUUCGAGGACGUAAACAUGAACCGAAUGGCGGUAGCGAUAUGCAGUAUCUUGGCGUCGAAGGUGUCUACGGAAGAGACGUCCGAGUUGGGCGCGAGACCCGUCUACAUGCGCAAACUGCUCGCGAUGGUGCAAAGCCGCGUUGAAUCCCGACUGUCCGACAUAACCUUAAAGUUUACCCUGAGCGCCCUCUGGAAUUUGACGGACGAGAGUGCCGCCACCUGCAACGUGUUCUUGGAACAAGGCGGCGCGGUCUUGUUCCUGAACGUUCUGAGGACUUUUAGGGACAACUCGGCCAUAGAAACGAAAAUUUUGGGUUUACUGAACAAUAUCGCGGAGGUGGCGAAACUGCGUCAGAAUCUCAUUACCGACGCGUUGGUCAAUGAACUGUUCGUCCUGCUCAAGUCGGAGAACAUAGACGUGAGUUACUUCGCUGCCGGCAUCGUAGCUCACCUAACUUCGGACGGGGACGAGCAUUGGAAGGUUACCACUCACACAAGGAACGAGAUGCUGACCGAGUUGGAGCAGUCGGUGUCCCAGUGGAGGGUACCAGACGGGGAGAUGGUCGCCUACCGCAGUUUCAAACCCUUCUUUCCUCUGCUUAGGGUCGACAUGAACUACCAGGUGCAGCUGUGGGCCGUUUGGGCUAUCCACCACGUCUGUACUAAAAAUCCCAAACGCUACUGCCCAAUGCUGCAGGAGGAAAGGGGCCACUCACUGCUCACCGAUCUGAUGAACUACGCUGGUUCUCAUUGGGAAAUCAAGCGGAUCAGUUGUCAGAUCCUGGACACCCUAACGAAGAAUGGUGUUCAAGUCUGAAGCGACCAUUGUGAUUCGUUUAUAUAUUUAUAUAGUCCAAUUGUGGGUGUUUAUAAAUGAAACCGUACUCUUUAAGCGCGAAACGUCGUCAAAAAGUCUGAAAAAAAUCGUUACUUAUAAAUAUAGGAAAAUGUUGUAUCGCUACGUGCCAAUAAUUCACGUAGAGACUGUAAUAAGGUGUAAAACCCUAGUCAAAAUAUAUGUCGUUG